AUGGCAACCGUUUCGAUACGGCCUCCGGCGCCGCCGGUCGUCAUUUCGUUCACCCUCCCCGUCCAGCCCCUGAUUGCCGACUGCACCCCACCCGACCUCCGCCCCAUCCUGGGAACGCCAAGCGCUUUAAAUAGCUCGUUAACCAUGGACACGACUGUGGACACUUCCUUGCCGAUCGGCGGUGCAUCGGCGGCCAUCUUCUUCUUCCUCGUCCAUCUAAAGCCUGCCCCAACGGAACUGCAGCUCACCGGUGAGAAACUCAAGACCAUCGAUGGGCCUGGCCUUGUGCUCUUUGCAGCUUCCAUUACCAUGCUUCUCUUGGCACUCCAGUGGGGCGGUGUCGAGUUCGCCUGGUCAUCCUCAGUCAUCAUCGGGUUGUUCGUUGGUUUCAGCGUAGUCUUGGUGCUUGCCGUGGGCUGGAUCAUCCACCGCGGGGAUAGUGGUCUGAUACCGCCCCGGAUGUUCACCGCCAACCGCAACCCAGCUUUACUGUGUGCAGCCGCGUUCUUCGUCAACGGGCCUUUUCAGACCAUCAUUUACUGGCUGCCAGUCUGGUUCCAGGGUGUUUUGCAAAACUCACCGACGGCCAGUGGUGUCAAUUUCUUCCCAACUGUGAUUGCGGACGUGCUCGCAGCCUUUAUCGGUUCAGCCCUGGUAUCGCAGCUGGGCUGGUGGAACCCGUUCGUGAUUUUAGGCUCAAUCACCGUCAGUAUCGGCGGCAGCCUGCUGACGACCAUUUACCCUGAUGUCCCUGGGGAUCACUGGAUUGGCUACCAGAUUCAGGGUGGCGUUGGGUACUCUCUUUCCUCGAACCUGUCCCAUCUUGCCAUGCAAACUUCGCUACCUCAGGAUCUUGUUCCGCUAGGAGCUUCAACGUUGCUCUCCGUCAUUUCAACCAGCUGUGCCAUAUUCAUGGCCAUCGGGCAGGCACGUGACGACAUUAUUGACUCGGGUGUAACGCAUCUGGACACUCUGGUGGACCCUUCUAUUUUGCGAGAUGUAGUUGACAAGUACAGCUUGUCAGUCACCCAAGUCUUUUAUAUUCCUGCUGUGGCUCCAGUUAUCUCAUUUUUCCUCGUCCUGGGCUGUAAGUGGAUUUCCACCAAAAGCAAGCAGGCCCCAGAAGCUACGGAGAAAGUAGACACCGCAAAGGCUGAUGUAUGA